AGGUCGUCUUUUUAGUUAAGCUGUCUCAAAAAGGUUGAUAUCCGAAACCAAAACCUUUGCCAUAAAAAUAAUUCAGCUCUCAAGAAAACUAAAGGCUAAUUAGAUAAGAUUAGACUAAGGAAGGAAAAGAAUAGAGAGAGGGAGAGAGAUGGUCUUCUUGUUUAGAACAGGUUCUUUCCAAAUGUUCUAAGUAUGGCGUUUUAGGUAAAUGAUCACAGCUUAUGACAGAUUGGAGGAGGAGCUGACUCAAUUUGUGGUGUAGAUUUGUCAAAAAGGAUUUUGUGGAAUCUGGGAGUUUUUAAUUUCACUAAAAAUAGGGACUUAGUUAUAAAGGAAGACGGAGGCAACAAAAAAAAUGGGCAAACACAAAUCUUUCAGAAGCAAAGCAGUGAACUUCGUCACCGAUCUCACCGCUGGUCUUCUUAAUCCGAUCUCUGAUAAACCCUCCUCUGCUGCUCCUCGUCCGGAUGAGGAAGGUGAGUCUAAGAGGAAUCAACUAGAUUCUAUCACUGAGGAGCACCAGCGUAAGGAUUUGGUUGACGAGCCAGACACUUCUUCUUUCUCUGCAUUCCUUGGUUCACUGUUAUCUUCAGACCCCAAAGACAAAAAGAACGAUCAGGAUCAACACGAAGAAGGCGAAAGAGAAGAAGAAGAUUCUGAGGCAGAAACAAGUGAUACAUCAUCAUCUUCUGUGAAUUCUAUUAGAAAAAUGAAGGAAGCUACUACUAGUGGUGGUGCAAAGAAGAGCCUGUUGUCCAAAUAUAAACAGCAUUUGAAGAAUAUCUACCAAGCUGUUAAGUUUCCGGGGGCCAAGGAACGAAAGGGAAAUUCUGAUGUGAAACCAGAUGAUGAAGACACUGAAUAUGCUGGCUUGGAGAUGAAGCCGAUGCAGAAUGAUAAUGUCAAAGAGGAAGCAAAAAUAGUUCAAGCAAUUUUACCAGAAAUUUCAGAGCCCUCUUUGCUUUUAUCGGACCAGUCAAGACGUUCCUUAUAUACUUCACUUCCUGCGCUUGUUCAAGGGAGGAAAUGGAUAUUGCUUUACAGUACAUGGAGGCAUGGCAUAUCACUGUCCACACUGUACAGGAAAAGCCUCCUUUGGCCUGGUCUCAGUCUACUGGUUGUCGGAGACAGAAAAGGUUCGGUUUUUGGUGGUCUUGUCGAGGCACCUUUGAUUCCAACUGAUAAGAAGUAUCAGGGAACCAACAGUACAUUUGUUUUCACAAAUAAGUCUGGACAACCAACAAUAUACCGUCCCACAGGCGCAAAUCGGUUCUACACUUUAUGCUCCAAGGAAUUUCUAGCUCUGGGCGGUGGUGGACGGUUUGCCCUCUAUUUAGACAGUGAACUGCUAAGCGGAUCAAGUGCUUACUCAGAGACAUACGGUAACUCUUGUCUCGCAAACUCUCAGGACUUUGAUGUGAAGGAAGUGGAGCUAUGGGGAUUUGUGUAUGGCUCAAAGUAUGAUGAGAUUCUGGCUGUGAGCAAAACAAUGGAGCCUGGUAUUUGCAGGUGGUCAUGAUCGUGCGUAAUGAAGAUUUUGGAAAAAAAUGAAUUCAAGUGAGAUUCACUUUUUGUAAAAAUGUGUAGUAGUAACAGUAAUGUUGACAUGUUGUUGUCAACUCUUACCUUUGUAACUGGCUAAAAAAUCACAUCUCUGUUACUUACUACUCUCACUUGUAAUUUUGAGACUGGAAUAACAAAAUAAAACUACCCAUUAGACUCA